AUGUGGUACAAGAUGUUCAACUGCGACAUCAUUGUGCACGAGGAUGCGACUAUCGAUGACUUCAUCGAUGUCCUGGAGGAGACUGGCACCGCCCCCCGGCAGUACUGCAAGUGCAUUUAUGUGUACAACAAGAUUGACAUGCUGAGUCUCAGCCAAGUCGAGGAGCUGGCACGGCAGCCCUUCUCAGUGGUCAUCUCUGUUAGCAAGGAGCUGAAUCUGGAUGGCCUCCUCGAGCGAAUUUGGCAGGAGCUGGACCUGCGGCGGGUCUACACCAAGAAGAAGGCCCAGCUCAGCCUGGCACCUCCCUUCUUCCAUGACAGAGGCUUCACCAUGCGCGCUUGCAGGAGCCUGCUGGACGACUUCAAGCGUGGCGCCUCGGGUUCGUUCCCUGCCAUGGCACCUGCAGGCCCCCAUGCCGUGGUUCCUGGGCCACGUGAGGACGCACCGAAAUCGCCAAACGUUUGUUUGUGCCUUGUCGGCCUUGUGCUUUUCCUCUACACCUUUCUGCUGGGCCUUGACUUCCUCCAUGCAUCCUGCAAAGCACUUGCGGCUGGAGGUGCUGCGGAGCUCUUGGCCAUUGCCCAGGGCCCGAUCACAGGUCUGACGGCAGGGAUGCUGGCCACUGCGCUGUUCCAGUCGUCCAGCCCAAGCACCACCAUACUUGUGGGCCUGGUGGGUUCCGGCCGCCUGGCCAUGCCUCAUGCCAUUCCCAUGAUCAUGGGCGCCAACAUCGGCACUUGCGUUACCAACACCCUGGUCUCGUUGGCCCACAUCGGCCAGCCACGGGAGUUGGAGAAGGCCUUCAGCGGCGCCACAGCGCACGAGGCUUUCAACCUGCUGACCACCCUGGUGCUGCUUCCGCUGGAGGUGAUCGUUGCUGCUAUUCAGGGUGAGGGAGGGCUCCUCUACUGGGCGAGCCGUUGGCUGUCGACUGGGGGCCCUCCGCAGCUGUGGCUCCCCGGCAGCCAGGGGGCGGUGCGUCCCCUCACGGAGGUGCUGCUUUCGCCCGAUGACAAUGUCCUUGCAGCUCUGGCUUCUGGACCUCCAGUUUCGCAUGCGACGAAUGCGUCGACCUGUGUUGUGAGAAGUUGCCGGGCCUUUUUCUGCAUCGACGAGUCGGUGAACUGCUCCGAGUACUACUGCUUGCCCGCAGGCACCGAAGAGGCCUGGAAGCAGAUCAACGCCACUGCCUUUGAGGGCUUGCUUGGCUGCGACAGCGUCGCAGUGCUAACCCCCGCGUGUGGGGCAGACAGCUGCUACCUGAAUGCCGGCAGCUUCUACACAGACCAGGUGGCGGAUGCUCCAGCCCAGGGGUUCCUGGCGGGUUCAGGGGCUGUUCUGGUGCUGCUGCUGUCCUUCCUUCUCAUUUUUGGAUCACUCUUCAUCUUGGUCCGGCUCUUACGCACGCUGCUGACCAGCAGUGCAAAGAAAGCGAUGUUAAGGGCGACCAGCGUGAAUUCCUAUCUUGCCUUGGGACACCUGGCCGCGCAAGGCCUUGCAUUGCGCCGCAUGUCUUGUUGCUCCGCAAUUACUUGUGUUGUUGGCUGA